AUGGAGUCCAGAUCGCUGUGUGAGAAACCAGACUCCAAGAGCUCUCUACCCUGUCCCUCUCCACCAGACUCUGACUUGGGGGAGGACACAGAGACAGAAGGGUGUGGGAGAGACAGGGACAGGGAGGACAUGUCCCCAGGGGGACAAGGACAUAGAGACCAGGACAGGUCAUACUCGGAGUCCAGCUCACCUGUCGAUGUCAUCAUCACGACAGACAGCAAAGACAUGCCCGAUGACCUGACCAGUACAAACAGCAAAGAUGGCUCCCAUGUCGUCAAAUGGACUGUCAGCAUCGUUAUAGCCAUUCCCAAAGGUACACUACCGUAGGUUAUAUGUUGUGACUAUACAUAUUAUAACAGGCUAAAACGAGCACAUUACAAAUAUAAAUGUCAAUACCACACAAAAUACAGUAGCAUGCACAAAUAAAUUGGCAUACAACAGAAUUGCACUGUGUUUGAAUGCACAAAUAUACUUUUUUAGAAAACAGAGAGAAAAUGAAUGUUACUUGUUUAUAGAAUGCCAUACUACCACAGUAGACACACAAGAUAACCAGUCCUUGGCAUCACCACUAUCUGUCUCCUGUCCCAUAGAGAUACAUCACCACUAACUGUCCUCUAUCUGUCCACUAUCUGUCUCCUGUCCCAUAGAGAUACAUCACCACUAACUGUCCUCUAUCUGUCCCCUAUCUGUCUCCUGUCCCAUAGAGAUACAUCACCCCUAACUGUCCUCUAUCUGUCCACUAUCUGUCUCCUGUCCCAUAGAGAUACAUCACCCCUAACUGUCCUCUAUCUGUCCCCUUUCUGUCUCCUAUCCCAUAGAGAUACAUCACCCCUAUCUGUUCCCUAUCUGUCCCCUAUCUGUCUCCUAUCCCAUAGAGAUACAUCACCCCUAACUGUCCUCUAUCUGUCCCCUAUCUGUCUCCUGUCCCAUAGAGAUACAUCACCCCUAACUGUCCUCUAUCUGUCCCCUAUCUGUCUCCUGUCCCAUAGAGAUACAUCACCACUAUCUGUCCACUAUCUGUCCCCUAUCUGUCUCCUGUCCCAUAGAGAUACAUCACCCCUAACUGUCCUCUAUCUGUCCCCUAUCUGUCUCCUGUCCCAUAGAGAUACAUCACCCCUAACUGUCCCCUAUCUGUCCCCUAUCUGUCUCCUGUCCCAUAGAGAUACAUCACCCCUAACUGUCCUCUAUCUGUCCCCUAUCUGUCUCCUAUCCCAUAGAGAUAUAUCACCCCUAUCUGUUCCCUAUCUGUCCUCUAUCUGUCCUCUAUCUGUCCUCUAUCUGUUCCCUAUCUGUCCCCUAUCUGUCCUCUAUCUGUCCUCUAUCUGUCCCCUAUCUGUCUCCUGUCCCAUAGAGAUACAUCACCCCUAACUGUCCCCUAUCUGUCCCCUAUCUGUCUCCUAUCCCAUAGAGAUAUAUCACCCCUAUCUGUUCCCUAUCUGUCCACUAUCUGUCUCCUGUCCCAUAGAGAUACAUCACCCCUAACUGUCCCCUAUCUGUCCCCUAUCUGUCUCCUAUCCCAUAGAGAUAUAUCACCCCUAUCUGUUCCCUAUCUGUCCACUAUCUGUCUCCUGUCCCAUAGAGAUACAUCACCCCUAACUGUCCUCUAUCUGUCCACUAUCUGUCCCCUGUCCCAUAGAGAUACAUCACCCCUAACUGUCCUCUAUCUGUCCACUAUCUGUCUCCUGUCCCAUAGAGAUACAUCACCCCUAACUGUCCUCUAUCUGUCCCCUAUCUGUCUCCUGUCCCAUAGAGAUACAUCACCCCUAACUGUCCUCUAUCUGUCCCCUAUCUGUCUCCUGUCCCAUAGAGAUAUAUCACCCCUAUCUGUUCCCUAUCUGUCCCCUAUCUGUCUCCUAUCCCAUAGAGAUACAUCACCCCUAACUGUCCUCUAUCUGUCCCCUAUCUGUCUCCUGUCCCAUAGAGAUACAUCACCCAUAUCUGUCCACUAUCUGUCCCCUAUCCCAUAAAGAUUAAUAUUGUUGUAUUCUAUGUAAUUAUGUCCCCUGUUGUCCUGUAGGUGAGAAACAUAUAUAUCAUUGUCUUGUGUUUAAUUGUCUUCCCUGUUUUACUAUAGGUGAAGAACCCUGUCCUGUAGCUGGGCCGGUGGUCUUAGUGGAGAAGCCCAAACGUGUUCUGUCCAGUGGCGUGGUGGCCCCUAAAGCCCAGACCUACUACCAUAUAGAGUACAACCUGCUGCCUGGUGACCAGGACCCUGUUAAAGUAGACCUGGUGAUGUUCGGCCUUGCCGCUAAGAUCUACAUGGAGAAUGAGACCAAGGUAAUGCCAUGACUGUGUUAGCCUGCUGAGCUAACAGAAGUCUUUAUUAUGAACUCUGGGUAGAAGGCCUGAUCACAGUUCUACAAACUUGAGAUAGUUCAGUAAGAGUAUGUGGUAUGUUUGUAUGUGUUUUACAUGCAUAGAUAAUGAAUGGGUGGAACAGAGGAAGCCAUGCAUAGAUAAUGAAUGGGUGGAACAGAGGAAGCCAUGCAUAGAUAAUGAAUGGGUGGAACAGAGGAAGCCAUGCAUAGAUAAUGAAUGGGUGGAACAGAGGAAGCCAUGCAUAGAUAAUGAAUGGGUGGAACAGAGGAAGCCAUGCAUAGAUAAUGAAUGGGUGGAACAGAGGAAGCCAUGCAUAGAUAAUGAAUGGGUGGAACAGAGGAAGCCAUGCAUAGAUAAUGAAUGGGUGGAACAGAGGAAGCCAUGCAUAGAUAAUGAAUGGGUGGAACAGAGGAAGCCAUGCAUAGAUAAUGAAUGGGUGGAACAGAGGAAGCCAUGCAUAGAUAAUGAAUGGGUGGAACAGAGGAAGCCAUGCAUAGAUAAUGAAUGGGUGGAACAGAGGAAGCCAUGCAUAGAUAAUGAAUGGGUGGAACAGAGGAAGCCAUGCAUAGAUAAUGUCUGGGUGGAACAGAGGAAGCCAUGCAUAGAUAAUGAAUGGGUGGAACAGAGGAAGCCAUGCAUAGAUAAUGAAUGGGUGGAACAGAGGAAGCCAUGCAUAGAUAAUGAAUGGGUGGAACAGAGGAAGCCAUGCAUAGAUAAUGUCUGGGUGGAACAGAGGAAGCCAUGCAUAGAUAAUGUCUGGGUGGAACAGAGGAAGCCAUGCAUAGAUAAUGAAUGGGUGGAACAGAGGAAGCCAUGCCAGCUGAGAUGGUUUGGUUUAAAGUGACAGUUAAUGGCGCAUGUCUCAGUCUUACCCUGUCUAUACCUGUCUGUCUAUACCUGUCUGUCUAUACCUGUCAGUCUAUACCUGUCUGUCUAUACCUGUCUGUCUAUACCUGUCUGUCUAUACCUGUCUGUCUAUACCUGUCAGUCUAUACCUGUCAGUCUAUACCUGUCAGUCUAUACCUGUCUGUCUAUACCUGUCUGUCUAUACCUGUCUGUCUAUACCUGUCUGUCUAUACCUGUCUGUCUGGUUUAAUACCUGUCUAUACCUGUCAGUCUAUACCUGUCUGUCUAUACCUGUCUGUCUAUACCUGUCUGUCUAUACCUGUCAGUCUAUACCUGUCUGUCUAUACCUGUCUGUCUAUACCUGUCUGUCUGGUUUAAUACCUGUCUAUACCUGUCAGUCUAUACCUGUCAGUCUAUACCUGUCAGUCUAUACCUGUCUGUCUAUACCUGUCAGUCUAUACCUGUCUGUCUAUACCUGUCUGUCUAUACCUGUCUGUCUAUACCUGUCUGUCUAUACCUGUCUGUCUAUACCUGUCAGUCUAUACCUGUCUGUCUAUACCUGUCUGUCUAUACCUGUCAGUCUAUACCUGUCUGUCUAUACCUGUCUGUCUAUACCUGUCUGUCUAUACCUGUCUGUCUAUACCUGUCUGUCUAUACCUGUCAGUCUAUACCUGUCUGUCUAUACCUGUCUGUCUAUACCUGUCUGUCUAUACCCGUCUGUCUGGUUUAAUACCUGUCUGUCUAUACCUGUCUGUCUAUACCUGUCUGUCUAUACCUGUCUGUCUAUACCCGUCUGUCUAUACCUGUCAGUCUAUACCUGUCAGUCUAUACCUGUCUGUCUGGUUUAAUACCUGUCUGUCUAUACCUGUCUGUCUAUACCUGUCUGUCUAUACCUGUCUGUCUAUACCUGUCUGUCUAUACCUGUCAGUCUAUACCUGUCUGUCUAUACCUGUCUGUCUAUACCUGUCUGUCUAUACCCGUCUGUCUGGUUUAAUACCUGUCUGUCUAUACCUGUCUGUCUAUACCUGUCUGUCUAUACCUGUCUGUCUAUACCUGUCUGUCUAUACCUGUCUGUCUAUACCUGUCUGUCUAUACCCGUCUGUCUGGUUUAAUACCUGUCUGUCUAUACCUGUCUGUCUAUACCUGUCUGUCUAUACCUGUCUGUCUAUACCCGUCUGUCUGGUUUAAUACCUGUCUGUCUAUACCUGUCAGUCUAUACCUGUCUGUCUAUACCUGUCUGUCUAUACCUGUCUGUCUAUACCUGUCAGUCUAUACCUGUCUGUCUAUACCUGCCUGUCUAUACCUGUCUGUCUAUACUGUGUCUAUACCUGUCUGUCUAUACCUGUCUGUCUAUACCUGUCUGUCUAUACCUGGUCUGUCUGUUUAAUACCUGUCUGUCUAUACCUGUCUGUCUAUACCUGUCUGUCUAUACCUGUCAGUCUAUACCUGUCUGUCUAUACCUGCCUGUCUAUACCUGUCAGUCUAUACCUGUCUGUCUAUACCUGUCUGUCUAUACCUGUCUGUCUAUACCUGUCAGUCUAUACCUGUCUGUCUAUACCUGUCUGUCUGGUUUAAUACCUGUCUGUCUAUACCUGUCUGUCUAUACCUGUCAGUCUAUACCUGUCAGUCUAUACCUGUCUGUCUAUACCUGUCAGUCUAUACCUGUCUGUCUAUACCUGUCUGUCUAUACCUGUCUGUCUAUACCUGUCUGUCUAUACCUGUCAGUCUAUACCUGUCUGUCUAUACCUGUCAGUCUAUACCUGUCUGUCUAUACCUGUCUGUCUAUACCUGUCUGUCUGGUUUAAUACCCGUCUGUCUAUACCCGUCUGUCUAUACCCGUCUGUCUAUACCUGUCUGUCUAUACCUGUCUGUCUAUACCUGUCUGUCUAUACCUGUCUGUCUAUACCUGUCUGUCUAUACCUGUCUGUCUAUACCCGUCUGUCUGGUUUAAUACCUGUCUAUACCUUUAUUUAUUUUAUUUAUUUAUUUUUAUUUCACCUUUAUUUAACCAGGUAAGCCAGUUGAGAACAAGUUCUCAUUUCCAACUGCGACCUGGCCAAGAUAAAGCAAAGCAGUGCGAUAAAAACAACAACACAGAGUUACAUAUGGGGUAAACAAAACAUAAAGUCAAAAAUACAACAGAAAAUCUAUAUACAAUGUGUGCAAAUGUAGCAAGUUAUGGAGGUUAGGCAAUAAAUAGGCUAUAGUGCAAAAUAAUUACAAUUAGUAUUAAUGUGCAAGAGAUGAUGUGCAAAUAGAGAUACUGGGGUGCAAAUUAGCAAAAUAAAUAACAAUAUAGGGAUGAGGUAGUUGGGCGGGCUAAUUUCAGAUGGGCUGUGUACAGGUGCAGUGAUCGGUAAGGCGCUCUGACAACUGAUGCUUAAAGUUAGUGAGGGAGAUAAGAGUCUCCAGCUUCAGAGAUUUUUGCAAUUGGUUCCAGUCAUUGGCAGCAGAGAACUGGAAGGAAUGGCGGCCAAAGGAGGUGUUGGCUUUGGGGAUGACCAGUGAGAUAUACCUGCUGGAGCGCAUACUACGGGUGGGUGCUGCUAUGGUGACCAAUGAGCUAAGAUAAGGCGAGGAUUUGCCUAGCAGUGAUUUAUAGAUGGCCUGGAGCCAGUGGGUUUGGCGACGAAUAUGUAGUGAGGACCAGCCAACAAGAGCGUACAGGUCACAGUGGUGGGUAGUGUAUGGGGCUUUGGAGACAAAACGGAUGGCACUGUGAUAGACUACAUCCAAUUUGCUGAGUAGAGUGUUGGAGGCUAUUUUGUAAAUGACAUCGCCGAAGUCAAGGAUCGGUAGGAUUGUCAGUUUUACGAGGGCAUGUUUGGCAGCAUGAGUGAAGGAGGCUUUGUUGCGAAAUAGGAAACCGAUUCUAGAUUUAACUUUGGAUUGGAGAUUCUUAAUGUGAGUCUGGAAGGAGAGUUUACAGUCUAACCAGACACCUAGAUAUUUGUAGUUGUCCACAUACUCUAGGUCAGACCCGUCGAGAGUAGUGAUUCUAGUCGGGUGGGCGAGUGCCAGCAGCGUUCGAUUGAAGAGCAUGCAUUUAGUUUUACUAGUGUUUAAGAGCAGUUGGAGGCUACUGAAGGAGUGUUGUAUGGCAUUGAAGCUCGUUUGGAGGUUUGUUAACACAGUGUCCAAUGAAGGGCCAGAUGUAUACAAAAUGGUGUCGUCUGCGUAGAGGUGGAUCUGAGAGUCACCAGCAGCAAGAGCGACAUCAUUGAUAUACACGGAGAAAAGAGUCGCCCCAAGAAUUGAACCCUGUGGCACCCCCAUAGAGACUGCCAUAGGUCCAGACAACAGGCCCUACGAUUUGACACAUUGAACUCUAUCUGAGAAGUAGUUGGUGAACCAGGCGAGGCAGUCAUUUGAGAAACCAAGGCUAUUUAGUCUGCCAAUAAGAAUGCGGUGGUUGACAGAGUCGAAAGCCUUGGCCAGGUCGAUGAAGACGGCUGCACAGUACUGUCUAUUAUCGAUCGCGGUUAUAAUAUCGUUUAGGACCUUGAGCGUGGCUGAAGUGCACCCAUGACCAGCUCGGAAACCGAGAAGGUACGGUGGGAUUCGAAAUGGUCGGUGAUCUGUUUGUUAACUUGGCUUUCAAAAACUUUCGAAAGGCAGGGCAGGAUGGAUAUAGGUCUGUAACAGUUUGGAUCUAGAGUGUCAUUCCCUUUGAAGAGGGGGAUGACCGCGGCAGCUUUCCAAUCUCUGGGGAUCUCAGACGUGACGAAAGAGAGGUUAACAGGCUAGUAAUAGGGGUUGCGACAAUUUCGGCGGCUAGUUUUAGAAAGAAAGGAUCCAGAUUGUCUAGCCCAGAUGAUUUGUAGGGGUCCAGAUUUUUCAGCUCUUUCAGAACAUCAGCUAUCUGAAUUUGUGUGAAGGAGAGAAGCGGGGGGGGGGGGGCAUGGGCAAGUUGCAGCAGAGGGUGCAGAGCUGGUGGCCGGGGUAGUGGUAGCCAGGUGGAAAGCAUGGCCAGCCGUAGCAAAAAUGCUUGUUUGAAAUUCUCGAUGGGCAGCUGGGAGGAAGUGCUCUUAUUCUCCAUGGACUUUACAGUGUCCCAAAACUUUUUGGAGUUAGUGCUACAGGAUGCACAUUUCUGUUUGAAAAAGUUAGCCUUUGCUUUCCUAACUGCUUGUGUAUAUUCGUUCCUAACUCCCUGAAAAGUUGCAUAUCGCGGGGGCUAUUUGAUGCAGUACAGCACAGGAUGUUUUUGUGCUGGUCAAGGGGCAGUCAAGUCUGAGGAGAACCAGGGGCUAUAUCUGUUCUUAGUUCUGUAUUUUUUUAAAGGGGCAUGUUUAUUUAAGAUUGAGAGGAAAUUACUUUUGAAGAACAACCAGGCAUCCUCUACUGACGGAAUGAGGUCAAUAUCCAUCCAGGAUACCUGGGCCAGGUCAAUUAGGAAGGCCUGCUCGCUGAAGUGUUUUAGGGAGCGUUUGACAGUGAUGAGGGGUGGUCGUUUGACCGCGGACCCGUUACGGACGCAGGCAAUAAGGCAGUGAUCGCUGAGAUCCUGGUUGAAGACAGCAGAGGUGUAUUUAGAGGGUAAGUUAGUCAGGAUGAUAUCUAUGAGGGUGCCCAUGUUUACGGAUUUAGGGUUGUUCCUGGUAGGUUCCUUGAUAAUUUGUGUGAGAUUGAGGGCAUCUAGUUUGGAUUGUAGGAUGGCCGGGGUGUUAAGCAUAUCCCAAUUUAGGUCACCAAGCAGUACGAACUCUGAGGAUAAAUGGGGGGGCAAUCAAUUCACAUAUGGGUGUCCAGGGGCACAGCUGGGGGCUGAGGGGGUCUGUAGCAAGCGGCAACAGUGAGAGACUUAUUUCUGGAAAGGUGGAUUUUUAGAAGUAGAAGCUCAAACUGUUUGGGCACAGACCUGGAUAGUAUGAUAGAGCUCUGCAGGCUAUCUCUACAGUAGAUUGCAACUCCACCCCCUUUGGCAGUUCUAUCUAGACAGAAAAUGUUAUAGUUGGGGAUGGAAAUUUCAGAAUUUUUGGUGGCCUUCCUAUGCCAGGAUUCAGACACUGCUAGAAUAUCAGGGUUGGCGGAGUGUGUUAACGCAGUGAAUAACUCAAACUUAGGAAGGAGGCUUCUGAUAUUAACGUGCAGAAAACCAAGGCUUUUACGGUUACAGAAGUCAACAAAUGAUAGCUCCUGGGGAGUAGGAGUGAUACUGGGGGCUGCAGGGCCUGGGUUAGCCUCUACAUCACCAGAGGAACAGAGGAGGACUAGAAUAAGGAUACGACUAAAGGCUUUAAGAACUGGUCUUCUAGUGCGUUGGGUACAGAGAAUAAAGGGGGCAGAUUUCCGGGCGUUGUAGAAAAGAUUCAGGGCAUUAUGUACAGAAAAGGAUAUGGAAGGAUAUGAGUACAGUUGAGGUAAACCUAAGCGUUGGGUAACAAUGAAAGAGAUAGCAUCACUGGAGGCACCGAUUGAGCCGGUCUCGGCGUGUAUGGAACAAAGGAACUAUUUGAGGCAGUUUGAGAGGGACUUGGGGUUCUACAGUGAAAUUGUAUAAUAAGAACUAACCCAAACAGCAAUAGGCUAGGCAUAUUGACAUGGGAGAGAGGCAUAAAGCAGUCACAGGUGUUAUUAGAGAGAGCUAAGACAACAACUGGUAAUGGCGAUAAAGUUUGGGCUGAGGCUAAACAGAAUAAACAGGACAGGGUACCGUGUAAAGGAACAGUCCAGCAGGCAUCAGCUGUGCAGCUGAGUGAUCAUAAGGUUCAGUGAACAGCAAUAUGUGAGUCCGAGAGCAGUUCAAAUUGGUGCUUCAGCACAGCGAGCAGGAAGCACAGUUGUAGUUUGCGUGUGCUAGCGGGCCGGGGCUAGCAGAUGGAUCUUCGUGGUCGUCGCAACGGGAAGCCUGUUGAAACCACAUCAGAUGAUUUCGUUGGCAAACCAGUCGUGUUGGAUCGGCGGGACUCAGUGUCAACACUAGGAGGUCCCGUCCGGUUGACUGAGAGGUAUAUAGCCGGGAGAUGGGCCUGAGGCUAGCUCAAGGCUAACUUGUGCUUGCUAAGGGGCAUUGGUAAUAAGCCAACAACAGGUUGCAGCUAGCUGGUUGCGAUGAUCCGGCGCUAGGGUCCAGUGAUUCCAGCAGAAAGUCCGAUAUGCUCUGGGUCGAUAGCAUGCUGUGCAGACUGGCCGACUAAUUGUCCAGGCAAGAGCUAGAGCUGGCUGGUGGGUAGUGCAGGCCACGGACAAUGGUGAAGACGCAGAUAGACUAGUUUCAUCUUAAGGUUCUUGAUAAAAGUUAUAAAGAAAUAAUAGAAUCCUUUACACGUUGGGUGAGGCGAAUUGCAGGAAAGUAUAUUUAGGUAAAGAAUGAAAAGUAAAAUUGAGAAAUAUAUACAAAAUAGACAAAAACCAAGAAACUGGCUAUUUACUAGGACACAGAAAAAAACAUGACCACACUGCUACGCCAUCUUGGAAUAAAUACCUGUCUGUCUGGUUUAAUACCUGUCUGUCUGGUUUAAUACCUGUCUGUCUGGUUUAAUACCUGUCUGUCUGGGUUAAUACCUGUCUGUCUGGUUUAAUACCUGUCUGUCUGGGUUAAUACCUGUCUGUCUGGUUUAAUACCUGUCUGUCUGGUUUAAUACCUGUCUGUCUGGUUUAAUACCUGUCUGUCUGGUUUAAUACCUGUCUGUCUAUAACUGUCUGUCUGCUUUAAUACCUGUCUGUCUGGUUUAAUACCUGUCUGUCUAUAACUGUCUGUCUGCUUUAAUACCUGUCUGUCUGGGUUAAUACCUGUCUCUCUGGUUUAAUACCUGUCCUUCUAGGUUAAAACCUGUCUGUGUCAAUGCCUGUCUGUGUCGAUUAAUACCUGUCUGUCUGGGUUAAUACCUGUCUGUCUGGGUUAAUACCUGUCUGUCUGGGUUAAUACCUGUCUGUCUGGUUUAAUACCUGUCUGUCUGGUUUAAUACCUGUCUGUCUGGUUUAAUACCUGUCUGUCUGGGUUAAUACCUGUCUGUCUGGGUUAAUACCUGUCUGUCUGGUUUAAUACCUGUCUGUGUGGGUUAAUACCUGUCUGUCUGGUUUAAUACCUGUCUGUCUGGUUUAAUACCUGUCUGUGUGGGUUAAUACCUGUCUGUCUGGUUUAAUACCUGUCUGUGUGGGGUUAAGGUGCUUUGUGUUGCUACUUCUUCCACACUGACACAGACAGACAGACAACUAAAAUCUACAUGUCAAAUCAAAUCAAAUCAAAUCAAAUUUUAUUGGUCACAUGCGCCGAAUACAACAGGUGCAGACAUUACAGUGAAAUGCUUACUUACAGCCCUUAACCAACAGUGCAUUUAUUUUAAACAAAAAAAGUAAAAAUAAAACAACAACAACAAAAAAAAGUGUUGAGAAAAACAAGAGCAGAAGUAAAAUAAAGUGACAGUAGGGAGGCUAUAUAUACAGGGGGGUACCGUUGCAGAGUCAAUGUGCGGGGCACCGGCUAGUUGAGGGUAGUUGAGGUAAUAUGUACAUGUGGGUAGAGUUAAAGUGACUAUGCAUAAAUACUUAACAGAGUGGCAGCAGCGUAAAAAGGAUGGGGUGGGGGGGCAGUGCAAAUAAUCCGGGUAGCCAUGAUUAGCUGUUCAGGAGUCUUAUGGCUUGGGGGUAGAAGCUGUUGAGAAGUCUUUUGGACCUAGACUUGGCACUCCGGUACCGCUUGCCGUGCGGUAGCAGAGAGAACAGUCUAUGACUAGGGUGGCUGGAGUCUUUGACAAUUUUGAGGGCCUUCCUCUGACACCGCCUGGUAUAGAGGUCCUGGAUGGCAGGAAGCUUUGCCCCAGUGAUGUACUGGGCCGUACGCACUACCCUCUGUAGUGCCUUGCGGUCGGAGGCCAAGCAGUUGCCAUACCAGGCGGUGAUGCAACCAGUCAGGAUGCUCUCGAUGGUGCAGCUGUAGAAUUUUUUGAGGAUCUGAGGACCCAUGCCAAAUCUUUUUAGUCUCCUGAGGGGGAAUAGGCUUUGUCGUGCCCUCUUCACGACUAUCUUGGUGUGUUUGGACCAUGAUAGUUCGUUGGUGAUGUGGACACCAAGGAACUUGAAGCUCUCAACCUGUUCCACUACAGCCCCGUCGAUGAGAAUGGGGGCGUGCUCAGUCCUCUUUUUUUUCCUGUAGUCCACAAUCAUCUCCUUUGUCUUGGUCACGUUGAGGGAGAGGUUGUUGUCCUGGCACCACACGGCCAGAUCUCUGACCUCCUCCCUAUAGGCUGUCUCAUCGUUGUCGGUGAUCAGGCCUACCACUGUUGUGUCGUCGGCAAACUUAAUGAUGGUGUUGGAGUCGUGCCUGGCCAUGCAGUCAUGGGUGAACAGAGAGUACAGGAGGGGACUGAGCACGCACCCCUGAGGGGCCCCCGUGUUGAGGAUCAGUGUGGCAGAUGUGUUGUUACCUACCCUUACCACCUGGGGGCGGCCCGUCAGGAAGUCCAGGAUCCAGUUGCAGAGGGAGGUGUUUAGUCCCAGGAUCCUUAGCUUAGUGAUGAGCUUAGAGGGCACUAUGGUGUUGAAUGCUGAGCUGUAGUCAAUGAAUAGCAUUCUCACGUAGGUGUUCCUCUUGUCCAGGUGGGAAAGGGCAGUGUGGAGUGCAAUAGAGAUUGCAUCAUCUGUGGAUCUGUUGGGGCGGUAUGCAAAUUGGAGUGGGUCUAGGGUUUCUGGGAUAAUGCUGUUGAUGUGAGCCAUGACCAGCCUUUCAAAGCACUUCAUGGCUACAGACGUCAGUGCUACGGGUCGGUAGUCAUUUAGGCAGGUUAUCUUAGAGUCCUUGGGCACGGGGACUAUGGUGGUCUGCUUGAAACAUGUUGGUAUUACAGACUCAGUCAGGGACAUGUUGAAAAUGUCAGUGAAGACACUUGCCAGUUGGUCAGCACAUGCUCGGAGUACACGUCCUGGUAAUCCGUCUGGCCCUGCGGCCUUGUGAAUGUUGACCUGCUUAAAAGUCUUACUCACAUCGGCUGCGGAGAGCGUGAUCACAUAGUCAUCCGGAACAGCUGGUGCUCUCAUGCAUGCUUCAGUGUUGCUUGCCUCGAAGCGAGCAUAGAAGUGGUUUAGCUCGUCUGGUAGGCUUGUGUCACUGGGCAGCUCGCGGCUGUGCUUCCCUUUGUAGUCUGUAAUAGUUUUCAAGCCCUGCCACAUCCGACGAGCGUCAGAGCCAGUGUAGUACGAUUCAAUCUUAGACCUGUAUUGACUCUUUGCCUGUUUGAUGGUUCGUCGGAGGUCAUAGCGGGAUUUCUUAUAAGCGUCCGGGUUAGAGUCCCGUUCCUUGAAAGCGGCAGCUCUAUCCUUUAGCUCAGUGCGGAUGUUUCCUGUAAUCCAUGGCUUCUGGUUGGGGUAUGUACGUACGGUCACUGUGGGGACGACAUCAUCGAUGCACUUAUUGAUGAAGCCAGUGACUGAUGUGGUGUACUCCUCAAUGCUGUCUGAAGAAUCCCGGAACAUAUUCCAGUCUGUGCUAGCAAAACAGUCCUGUAGCUUAGCAUCUGCGUCAUCUGACCACUUUUUUAUUAACCAAGUCACUGGUGCUUCCUGCUUUAGUUUUUGCUUAUAAGCAGGAAUCAGGAGGAUAGAGUUAUGGUCAGAUUUGCCAAAUGGAGGGCGAGGGAGAGCUUUGUAUGCGUCUCUGUGUGUGGAGUAAAGGUGGUCUAGAGUUUUUUUCCCUCUGGUUGCACAUUUAACAUGCUGGUAGAAAUUAGGUAGAACGGAUUUAAGUUUCCCUGCAUUAAAGUCCCCGGCCACUAGGAGCGCUGCAUCUGGAUGAGCGUUUUCCUGUUGAUUAAUGGCCUUGUACAACUCAUUCAGUGCAAUCUUAAUGCCAGCAUUGGUUUGUGGUGGUAAAUAGACAGCUAUGAAAAAUAUAGAUGAAAACUCUCUUGGUAAAUAGUGUGGUCUACAGCUUAUCAUAAGAUACUCUACCUCAGGCGAGCAAAACCUCGAGACUUCCUUAGUAUUUGAUUUUGUGCACCAGCUGUUGUUUACAAAUAUACACAGACCGCCACCCCUUGUCUUACCGGAGUCAGCCGUUCUGUCCUGCCGAUGUAGCGUAUAGCCUGCUAGCUGAAUGUUAUCAUUGUCGUCGUUCAGCCACGACUCGGUGAAACAUAAUAUAUUACAGUUUUUAAUGUCCCGUUGGUAGGAUAACCGUAAUCUUAAGUCGUCCACUUUAUUUUCAAAAGAUUGAACGUUGGCUAAUAGGAUUGAUGGAAGAGGCAGUUUACUCGCUCGCCGUCGGAUCCUUACGAGGCACCCCGAUCUCCGUCCACGAUAUCUCCGUCUCUUCCUCACGCGAAUGACGGGGAUUUGGGCCUUUUCGGGUGUCUGUAUGAUAUCCUUCGCGGCCGCCUCGUUGAAGAAAAAAUCUUCGUCCAAUACGAGGUGAGUAAUCGCUGUCCUGAUAUCCAGAAGCUCUUUUUGGUUAUAAGAGACGAUGGCAGAAACAUUAUGUACAAAAUAAAUUACAAAUAACGCGGAAAAACACACAUAAUAGUACAAUUGGUUAGAGGGCUGUAAAACGGCAGCCAUCUUCUCCGGCGCUGUUCUCCCAUUUGGUAGAAUGAGACCAAGGUAGUGUGUGUGUGUGUGUGUGUGUGUGUGUGUGUGUGUGUGAAACCAACGUAAUGCCAUGAUUUUGUUAGCCUGCUGAGCUAAAGCCAAGACAGACAGACAGACAGACAGGCAUGGCAUCGGCAUGUAAUCCCUCUCAAUCUCAACACAAUGACACGCUCUCCUUUUCUCGCGUUGAAUAUAAUGGUACUCAAUGUAGAGUCCUCAAACUGACCAUGCACAUUAUGUCCAUCAGGUGUAUAACUGACCAUGUUGUGUGUGUAUCUCCCCAGGUGUUGAAGCCGUGGCAUGAAGGGGACCAGGUGUGGUUAGGCUGGUCCCAGUCUGUAAAGGUUAGGGUCACCAGAGAGCUGCUCAUUAAACUGCUGUCUCAUAAAAUCACCUUCAAAAUCUGGGACACCAAGGACAGAUGCUCUGCUAAGGCCAGGUAUGGUACCACAGAUUAUAGACUAAGGCCAGGUAUUGUACCACAGAUUAUAGACUAAGGCCAGGUAUUGUACCACAGAUUUAUAACUAAGGCCAGGUAUUGUCCCACAGAUUUUUAAGACUAAGGCCAGGUAUUGUACCACAGAUUAUAGACUAAGGCCAGGUAUUGUACCACAGAUUAUAGACUAAGGCCAGGUAUUGUACCACAGAUUAUAGACUAAGCCCAGGUAUUGUACCACAGAUUAUAGACUAAGGCCAGGUAUUGUACCACAGAUUAUAGACUAAGGCCAGGUAUUGUACCACAGAUUAUGACUAAGGCCAGGUAUUGUACCACAAUUAUAGACUAGGCCAGGUAUUGUACCACAGAUUAUAGACAAAGCCAGGUAUUGUACCACAGAUUUAGACUAAGGCCAGGUAUUGUCCCACAGAUUAUAGACUAAGCCCAGGUAUUGAAACCACGAUUAUAGACUAAGGCCAGGUAUUGUAACACAUAUUAUGACUAAAGGCCAGGUAUUGUACCACAGAUUAUAACUAAGGCCGGGUAUUGUACCACAGAUUUAGACAAAGGCCGGGUAUUGUACCCCCAGAUUAUAGACUAGGCCAGGUAUUGUCCCAAACAGAUUAUAGACUAAGGCCAGUAUUGUACCACGAUUAUAGACAAAGGGCCAGGUAUUGUACCACAAUUAUAGACUAAGCCCAGGUAUUGUACCACAGAUUAUAGACAAAGGGCCAGGUAUUGUACCACAGAUUAUAGACUAAGGCCAGGUAUUGUACCACAGAUUAUGACUAUAAGGCCAGUAUUGUACCACAGUUUAAAUAGACAAGGCCAGGUAUUGUCCACAGAUUAUAGACUAAGCCCAGGUUUGUACCACAGAUUAUAGACUAAGGCCAGGUAUUGUACCACAGAUUAUAGACUAAGGCCAGGUAUGGUAACACAGAUUAUAGACUAAGGCCAGGUAUUGUACCACAGAUUAUAGACUAAGGCCGGUAUUGUACCACAGAUUAUGGACUAAGGCCAGGUAUUGUACCACAGAUAUAGACUAAGGCCGGUAUUGUACACAGAUUAUAGACUAAGGCCAGGUAUUGUACCACAGAAUAUAGACCAAGGCCAGGUAUUGUACCACAGAUUAUAGACUAAGGCCAGGUAUUGUACCACAGAUUAUAGACUAAGAACAGGUAUUGUACCACAUAUUAUAGAACUAAGGCCAGGUAUUGCACCACAGAUUAUAGACUAAGGCCAGGUAUUGUACCACAGAUUAUAGAACUAAGGCCAGGUAUUGAACCACAGAUUAUAGAACUAAGGUCACGUAUUGUACCUCAGAUUAUGGACUAAGGCCAGGUAUUGUACCACAGAUUAUAGACUAAGGCCAGGUAUUGUACCACAGAGUAUGGACUAAGGCCAGGUAUUGUACCACAGAUUAUAGACUAAGGCCAGGUAUUGUACCACAGAUUAUAGAACUAAGGCCAGGUAUUGUACCACAGAUUAUAGACUAAGGCCAGGUAUUGUACCACAGAUUAUAGACUAAGGCCAGGUAUUGUACCACAGAUUAUAGAACUAAGGCCAGGUAUUGUACCACAUAUUAUAGACUAAGGCCAGGUAUUGUACCACAGAGUAUGGACUAAGGCCAGGUAUUGUACCACAGAUUAUAGAACUAAGGCCAGUUAUUGUACCACAGAUUAUAGACUAAGGCCAGGUAUUGUACCACAGAUUAUAGACUAAGGCCAGGUAUUGUACCACAGAUUAUAGACUAAGGCCAGGUAUUGUACCACAGAUUAUAGACUAAGGCCAGGUAUUGUACCACAGAUUAUAGACUAAGGCCAGGUAUUGUACCACAGAUUAUGGACUAAGGCCAGGUAUUGUACCACAGAUUAUAGAACUAAGGCCAGUUAUUGUACCACAGAUUAUAGACUAAGGCCAGGUAUUGUACCACAGAGUAUGGACUAAGCGCUCAAUUCAAUCUGGAGCUCUGAAGAACUGCAUUACAGCACGUUACACAUUUUAAGGCAAUGUUCCUGCAUUAGCGGUAAAUGCUGCAUAUCUCGGUUCAAUAUGAAAUUUACUUUAGAUUUCAAUCGCGCUAUAACGCUGAACUUUAGCGAUACGGAUUGAAUUGAGCCCUAACAAUGAAUAAGUAUGUAAACCCGGGAAUCAAUGCAAGUGUGGAUCAAAGUGUCUGCUUGCUUAUUUAUUGAUCCAGAUAUGACCGACCCAAAGCCUUCCAGCUGCCACAGGCUAAACCAGGGGAAGACCAAGACCUAGGUAAGAGCUGCGGUUUUAACCCGUUUUAACUUCUAAUGACAUCACUGGGAAUCAUUUACAUUUCCAAAACUCAGAUAGCUGUGUGUUAGAUUUGUUUUGGCCCAAUCAGAGGUUCAACAGUGUAUUAGUGUUCAGUUGUCAAUAUUGUGUUAUACUGAUGUUGUGCUGUCUGACAAUUUGGCUGUCUGGCUGGAGAAUAUGUUCAUGUUAAUAACUGUCUUCUGAUGUCUGGCUGGAGAAUAUGUUCAUGUUAAUAACUGUCUUCUGAUGUCUGGCUGGAGAAUAUGUUCAUGUUAAAAACUGUCUUCUGAUGUCUGGCUGGAGAAUAUGUUCUUUUAAUAAGUGUCUUCUGAUGUCUGGCUGGAGAAUAUGUUCAUGUAAUACUGUCUUCUGAGUCUGGCUGGAAGAAUAUUUUCAUUUUAAUAAGUGUCUUCUGAUGUCUGGCUGGAGAAUAGUUCAUGUUAAUAACUGUCUUCUGAUGUCUGGCUGGAGAAUAUGUUCAUGUUAAUAAUGUCUUCUGAUGUCUGGUUGGAGAAUGUGUUUCAUUUUAAAUAACUGCCCUUCUGAUGUCUGGCUGGAGAAUAUGUUCAUGUAAUAACUGUCUUCUGAUGUCUGGCGGGAGAAUAUGUUCAUGUUAAUAACUGUCUUCUGAUGUCGGGGCUGGAGAAUGUGUUCAUUUUAAAUAACUGUCUUCUGAGUCUGGCUGGAGAAUAUGUUCAUGUUAAUAACUGUCUUCUGAUGUCUGGCUGGAGAAUGUGUUCAUGUUAAUAACUGUCUUCUGAUGUCUGGCUGGAGAAUAUGUUCAUGUUAAUAACUGUCUUCUGAUGUCUGGCUGGAGAAUGUGUUCAUGUUAAUAACUGUCUUCUGAUGUCUGGCUGGAGAAUAUGUUCAUGUUAAUAACUGUCUUCUGAUGUCUGGCUGGAGAAUAUGGUCAUGUUAAUAACUGUCUUCUGAUGUCUGGCUGGAGAAUAUGUUCAUGUUAAUAACUGUCUUCUGAUGUCUGGCUGGAGAAUAUGUUCAUGUUAAUAACUGUCUUCUGAUGUCUGGCUGGAGAAUAUGUUCAUGUUAAUAACUGUCUUCUGAUGUCUGGCUGGAGAAUAUGUUCAUGUUAAUAACUGUCUUCUGAUGUCUGGCUGGAGAAGUAAUUGUUCAUGUUAAUAAUAACUGUCCUUCUGAUGUCUGGCUGGAGAAUAUGUUCAUGUUAAUAACUGUCUUCUGAUGUCUGGCUGGAGAAUAUGUUCAUGUUAAUAAACUGUCUUCUGAUGUCUGGCUGGAGAAUAUGUUCAUGUUAAUAACUGUCUUCUGAUGUCUGGCUGGAGAAUAUGUUCAUGUUAAUAACGUCUUCUGAUGUCUGGCUGGAGAAUGUGUUCAUGUUAAUAACUGUCUUCUGAUGUCUGGCUGGAGAAUGUGUUCAUGUUAAUAACUGUCUUCUGAUGUCUGGCUGGAGAAUAUGUUCAUGUUAAUAACUGUUUUGAGGUAUCUAUCUGAUGUCUUGCUAGAGAAUCAGAAUGUGUUCAUGUUAAUAACUGUUUUGAGGUAUCUAUCUGAUGUCUUGCUAGAGAAUCAGAAUGUGUUCAUGUUAAUAACUGUUUUGAGGUAUCUAUCUGAUGUCUUGCUAGAGAAUCAGAAUGUGUUCAUGUUAACAACUGUUUUGAGGUAUCUAUCUGAUGCUAGGAGUAAGCCCAGACUGUGAGGCAGCCAGAGGUAAUCAAUAAUCAAUCUCCAUCUGAUGCUUAGCUAAGCAUCGACAUAAUAUGAUUCCGAACUUACAGUCGCUGUGCGCUUCCCUGUAAGUUGGUUUUGGCAGGCUGCUUUGAUCAGGCCACCGCAGAGCCGGAGUGAGAUAUGUACCGCAGAGCCGGAGUGAGAUAUGUACCGCAGAGCCGGAGUGAGAUAUGUACCUCAGAGCCGGAGUGAGAUAUGUACCUCAGAGCCGGAGUGAGAUAUGUACCUCAGAGCCGGAGUGAGAUAUGUACCUCAGAGCCGGAGUGAGAUAUGUACCUCAGAGCCGGAGUGAGAUAUGUACCUCAGAGCCGGAGUGAGAUAUGUACCUCAGAGCCGGAGUGAGAUAUGUACCUCAGAGCCGGAGUGAGAUAUGUACCUCAGAGCCGGAGUGAGAUAUGUACCGCAGAGCCGGAGUGAGAUAUGUACCUCAGACUGCCUUGUACUACUAAUUCACCCAUUUACCUAAAUACAUAGAGAAGUGUAGAGUCUUAGCUAUCACCCAUUUACCUAAAUACAUAGAGAAGUGUAGAGUCUAAAUACAUAGAGAAGUGUAGAGUCUUAGCUAUUAUUACUAAGACUCCUAAUAGAAGGAAGUGAACUGGAGCUUCACAUUUACUAAAGCUAGUUAGUACAAGAAUAACAUAGAGCAACACUGAGCAUUACCAAGGGCGCUCCGCUCUUAAAGGGGACAUCAGUAAUUAACAGAACAUAACGUUCCUUCUCUUAUACGAUCAGAGUUACUUUUACCAAACAUCUCCCAGAACUUGUUGUAGUUAUUUUGCAUCUUGAUUUGAACUUGAACAGUCUUAGUUUUUGUUUGUGUUUGUUUAUAAGUCCAGUCUGUCUGGUGGACGGUGCCUUCGUUCCGGGUAGCGCCUUGGAAUGUCUGGAGGCUCCUGUACAUCCUUAGUGUGUGCUUUCUCCAUUAUAGUUUCUGCUAUAGCAGCACCUUCAUCAACACCUUCAUCCACACCUUCAUCCACACCUUCAUCCACACGUUCCCUUCUUUCAGCCUGGGGUCUCUGGACUGCCCCACCUUCAUCCACACAUUCCCUUCUUUCAGCCUGGGGUCUCUGGACUGCCCCACUGUCCUCUACAGUUUCCUGUGUGUCUUGUUUCAGCCUGGGGUCUCUGUACUGCCCCACCGUCCUCUACAGUUUCCUGUGUGUCUUGUUUCAGCCUGGGGUCUCUGUACUGCCCCACAGUCCUCUACAGUUUCCUGUGUGUCUUGUUUCAGCCUGGGGUCUCUGUACUGCCCCACCGUCCUCUACAGUUUCCUGUGUGUCUUGUUUCAGCCUGGGGUCUCUGUACUGCCCCACUGUCCUCUACAGUUUCCUGUGUGUCUUGUUUCAGCCUGGGGUCUCUGUACUGCCCCACUGUCCUCUACAGUUUCCUGUGUGUCUUGGUUUCAGCCUGGGGUCUCUGUACUGCCCCACCGUCCUCUACAGUUUCCUCUGUGUCUUGUUUUCAGCCUGGGGUCUCUGUACUGCCCCACUGUCCUCUACAGUUUCCUGUGUGUCUUGUUUUUCAGCCUGGGGUCUCUGUACUGCCCCUCCGUCCUCUACAGUUUCCUGUGUGUCUUGUUUCAAGCCUGGGGUCUCUGUACUGCCCCCACCGUCCUCUACAGUUUCCUGUGUGUCUUGUUUCAGCCUGGGGUCUCUGGACUGCCCCACCUUCAUCCACACGUUCCCUUCUUUCAGCCUGGGGUCUCUGUACUGCCCCCACUGUCCUCUACGUUUCCUGUGUGUCUUGUUUCAUGCCUUGGGGUCUCUGGACUGCCCCAACCGUCCUCUACAGUUUUUCCUGUGGUGUCCUUGUUUCAGCCUGGGGUCUCUGUACUGCCCCACAGUCCUCUACAGUUUCCUGUGUGUCUUGUUCAUCAGCCUGGGGUCUCUGAAUGCCCCUCCGUCCUCUACAGUUUCCUGUGUGUCUUGUUUCAGCCUGGGGUCUCUGGACUGCCCCACCGCCUCUACAGUUUCCUCUGUGUCUUGUUCAGCCUGGGUCUCUGUACCUGCCCCACCGUCCUCUACAUUUUCCUCUGUGUCUUGUUUCAGCCUGGGGUCUCUGUACUGCCCCACCGUCCUCUACAGUUUCCUCUGUGUCUGUUUCAAGCCUGGGGUCUCUGUACUGCCCCACCGUCCUCUACAGUUUCGUGUUCUUGUUUUCAGCCUGGGGUCUCUGUACUGCCCCACGUCCUCUACAGUUUCCUUGUGGUUUGUUCUUGUUCCCCCCUCCAAACCUUUGGGGUCCCUUUUUUAAAUGCCCCACCGUCCUCUACAUUUCCUGUGUGUCUUGUUUCAGCCUGGGGUCUCUGUACUGCCCCACCGUCCUCUACAGUUUCCUCUGUGUCUUGUUUCAGCCUGGGUCUCUGUACUGCCCCACCGUCCUCUACAGUUUCCUUUUGGUCUUGUUUCAGCCUGGGGUCUCUGGACUGCCCCACCGUCCUCUACAGUUUCCUCUGUGUCUUGUUUCAGCCUGGGGUCUCGGGACUGCCCCACCGUCCUCUACAGUUUUUCCCGUGUGUCUUGUUUCAGCCUGGGGGCUCUGUACUGCCCCCCCCGUCCUCUACAGUUUCCUUUGUCUUUUUCAGCCUGGGGUCUCUGUUACUGCCCCCGUCCUCUACCGUGUCCUGUGUGUCUUGUUUCAGCCUGGGGUCUCUGUACUGCCCCACCGUCCUCUACAUUUCCUCUGUGUCUUGUUUCAGCCUGGGGUCUCUGUACUGCCCACCGUCCUCUACCAGUUUCCCUGUGUGUCUUGUUUUCAAGCCUGGUGUCUCUGUACUGCCCACCGUCCUCUACAGUUUCCUGUGUGUCUGUUUCGCCUGGGGUCUCUGUACUGCCCCACCGUCCUCUACAGUUUCCUGUGUGUCUUGUUUCAAGCCUGGGUCUCUGGACUGCCCACCGUCCUCUACAGUUUCCUCUGUGUCGUGUUUCAGCCUGGGUCUCUGUUACUGCCCACCGUCCUCUACAGUUUUCCUCUGUGUCUUGUUUCAGCCUGGGGUCUCUGUACUGCCCCACCAGUCCUCUACCAGUUUCCUCCUGCUGUGCGUUCUGUUUCCAGCCUGGGGUCUCCUGUAACUGCCCCACCGUCCUCUAUACAGUUUCCUGGUUUUUCAGCCUGGGGUCUCUGGACUGCCCCACCGUCCUCUACAGUUUCCUGUGUGUCUUGUUUCAGCCUGGGGUCUCUGUACUGCCCCACUGUCCUCUACAGUUUCCUGUGUGUCUUGUUUCAGCCUGGGGUCUCUGUACUGCCCCACCGUCCUCUACAGUUUCCUGUGUGUCUUGUUUCAGCCUGGGGUCUCUGGACUGCCCCACCGUCCUCUACAGUUUCCUGUGUGUCUUGUUUCAGCCUGGGGUCUCUGUACUGCCCCACUGUCCUCUACAGUUUCCUGUGUGUCUUGUUUCAGCCUGGGGUCUCUGUACUGCCCCACCGUCCUCUACAGUUUCCUGUGUGUCUUGUUUCAGCCUGGGGUCUCUGUACUGCCCCACUGUCCUCUACAGUUUCCUGUGUGUCUUGUUUCAGCCUGGGGUCUCUGUACUGCCCCACCGUCCUCUACAGUUUCCUGUGUGUCUUGUUUCAGCCUGGGGUCUCUGUACGCCCCUCCGUCCUCUACAGUUUCCUGUGUGUCUUGUUUCCAGCCUGGGGUCUCUGUACUGCCCCACAGUCCUCUACAGUUUCCUGUGUGUCUUGUUUCAGCCUGGGGUCUCUGUACUGCCCCACAUCCUCUACAGUUUCCUGUGUGUCUUGUUUCAGCCUGGGGUCUCUGUACUGCCCACCGUCCUCUACAGUUUCCUGUUGUCUUUUUCAGCCUGGGGUCUCUGUACUGCCCCACUGUCCCUCUACAGUUUUUCCUGUGUGUCUUGUUUCAGCCUGGGGUCUCUGUACUGGCCCCACCGUCCUCUACAGUUUCCUGUGUGUCUUGUUUCAGCCUGGGGUCUCUGUACUGCCCCACCGUCCUCUACAGUUUUCCUGUGUGUCUGUUUCCGCCUGGGGUCCUGGACUGCCCCACCGUCCUCUACAGUUUCCUGUGUGUUGUUUCACCUGGGGUCUCUGUACUGCCCCACCGUCCUCUACAGUUUUCCUGUGUGUCUUGUUUCAUGCCUGGGGUCUCUGUACUGCCCCACCGUCCUCUACAGUUUCCUCUGUGUCUUGUUUCAGCCUGGGGUCUCUGUACUGCCCCACCGUCCUCUACAGUUUCCUCUGUGUCUUGUUUCAGCCUGGGGUCUCUGGACUGCCCCACCGUCCUCUACAGUUUCCUCUGUGUCUUUGUUUCAGCCUGGGGUCUCUGUACUGCCCCACCGUCCUCUACAGUUUCCUCUGUGUCCUUGUUUCCAGCCUGGGGUCUCUGUACUGCCCCACAGUCCUCUACAGUUUCCUGUGUGUCUUGUUUCAGCCUGGGGUCUCUGUACUGCCCCACCGUCCUCUACAGUUUCCUGUGUGUCUUGUUUCAGCCUGGGGUCUCUGUACUGCCCCACAGUCCUCUACAGUUUCCUGUGUGUCUUGUUUCAGCCUGGGGUCUCUGUACUGCCCCACAGUCCUCUACAGUUUCCUGUGUGUCUUGUUUCAGCCUGACAUGCAAAGCGAAUUGGCCCAUCGUCACGAAGCUGCCCACACCCUUCCACACUUUCUUGUUCUGAACGUCCUGACGGGUGGGAAGGGUGUGGGCAGCUUCGUGACGAUGGGCCAAUUCGCUUUGCAUGGCCUAGUGCCCCGGGUGGGUGGAGAUUUCACUUAAGAACCAAUGGAAUAGUCUAGUAUGUGCAACCUCCGCGCCCACCCGGAGCACCAGGCCAUGUGCAACCUCCGCGCCCACCCGGAGCACCAGGCCAUGUGCAAACUCCGCGCCCACCCGGAGCACCAGGCCAUGUGCAACCUCCGCGCCCACCCGGAGCACCAGGCCAUGUGCAACCUCCACGCCCACCCGGAGCACCAGGCCAUGUGCAACCUCCGCGCCCACCCGGAGCACCAGGCCAUGUGCAACCUCCGCGCCCACCCGGAGCACCAGGCCAUACAAAAUGAACUGGCCCAACGACCAGAGUUACACCACUGCUAGAAGGAGCCAGAUCUCUCACAGGAUGUAACAAUAUGAAGCAUCUGUAUAUAGAACGUCUGUAGGAGAAGAUAUUAAUAUUGUAGCAUGGUUUGAGAUCCAUGCUGAUUGAAUAGGGAGCUAGGAGAAUCUGCUUUAAUAUUGUAGCAUGGUUUGAGAUCCAUGCUGAUUGAAGAGGGAGCUACAACAAUGACACCCAAAUAUAAAAACAUUCAACUAAAUAAUGAGGGUUUCUGCCAGUCUAAUCCAGGUGUAGAUUACAUCACACGUUCCAGUGUUUGAACUAUCAGGAUUUCAGAUGAAAAUCUCUGCUUUAAGGUGGGACAAAGAGCAUGGUGUACAAGUUGAGAAUUAUGUUUGAGAAGAAGAAUCCCAGGACCAGAUCGUCCAAUAAGAGAGAAGAUGCCUUGUCCAUGGACUUCAAGAGGUUCUCUGAGCUCCACUGUGCUACAGGUAAACCAGUAUCCUAUACACCAGGGUUCUUCAAUUCCGGUCCUGGAGGGCCGAAACACUUCCUGGUAGUUGGAGGUUGGAGGGCCUAAACACUUCCUGGUAGUUAAUUGCACUCACCUGGUGUCCCAGGUCUGAAUUAGCCCCUGACUAGAAGGAGAGGAUGAAAUACAGAGGUGUUUCGGCCCUCCAGGACCGGAAUUGAAGAACCCUGCUAUACACCAUAUAUUCACCAGUAUCCAUAAUGUGUUCAGAAAGUAGAACAGAACAGUGGAUCAGUACCAUAAUGUGUUCAGAAAGUAGAACAGAACAGUGGAUCAGUACCAUAAUGUGUUCAGAAAGUAGAACGGAACAGUGGAUCAGUACCAUAAUGUGUUCAGAAAGUAGAACAGAACAGUGGAUCAGUACCAUAAUGUGUUCAGAAAGUAGAACAGAACAGUGGAUCAGUACCGUAAUGUGUUCAGAAAGUAGAACAGUACAAUGGAUCAGUACCAUAAUGUGUUCAGAAAGUAGAACAGUACAAUGGAUCAGUACCAUAAUGUGUUCAGAAAGUAGAACAGAACAGUGGACUUCACAUGUUAUGGUGUCAGAAAUAAAGCAAACCCUUCUAAAGGAUCAAUCCACAUGAAAUCAAAUAGGAGUAGCCAUGAAGACAAUACAAUGUUAACAUUACCCACCAGUUGAGCCCAUAGCCAACAGUAUAACAUGUUAACAUUACCCACCAAUACAUAGCCAACAGUAUAACAUGUUAACAUUACCCACCAGUUGAGCCCAUAGCCUACAGUAUAACAUGUUAACAUUACCCACCAGUUGAGCCCAUAGCCUACAGUAUAACAUGUUAACAUUACCCACCAGUUGAGCCCAUAGCCUACAGUAUAACAUGUUAACAUUACCCACCAGUUGAAUCCAUAGCCUACAGUAUAACAUGUUAACAUUACCCACCAGUUGAAUCCAUAGCCUACAGUAUAACAUGUUAACAUUACCCACCAGUUGAGCCCAUAGCCUACAGUAUAACAUGUUAACAUUACCCACCAGUUGAAUCCAUAGCCUACAGUAUAACAUGUUAACAUUACCCACCAGUUGAGCCCAUAGCCUACAGUAUAACAUGUUAACAUUACCCACCAGUUGAAUCCAUAGCCUACAGUAUAACAUGUUAACGUUACCCACCAGUUGAAUCCAUAGCCAACAGUAUAACAUGUUAACAUUACCCACCAGUUGAAUCCAUAGCCAACAGUAUAACAUGUUAACAUUACCCACCAGUUGAAUCCAAGGCCUACAGUAUAACAUGUUAACAUUACCCACCAGUUGAAUCCAUAGCCUACAGUAUAACAUGUUAACAUUACCCACCAGUUGAGCCCAUAGCCUACAGUAUAACAUGUUAACAUUACCCACCAGUUGAAUCCAAGGCCUACAGUAUAACAUGUUAACAUUACCCACCAGUUGAGCCCAUAGCCUACAGUAUAACAUGUUAACAUUACCCACCAGUUGAAUCCAUAGCCAACAGUAUAACAUGUUAACAUUACCCACCAGUUGAGCCCAUAGCCUACAGUAUAACAUGUUAACAUUACCUACCAGUUGAAUCCAUAGCCUACAGUAUAACAUGUUAACGUUACCCACCAGUUGAAUCCAAGGCCUACAGUAUAACAUGUUAACAUUACCCACCAGUUGAGCCCAUAGCCUACAGUAUAACAUGUUAACAUUACCCACCAGUUGAAUCCAAGGCCUACAGUAUAACAUGUUAACAUUACCCACCAGUUGAAUCCAUAGCCUACAGUAUAACAUGUUAACAUUACCCACCAGUUGAGCCCAUAGCCAACAGUAUAACAUGUUAACAUUACCCACCAGUUGAGCCCAUAGCCUACAGUAUAACAUGUUAACAUUACCCACCAGUUGAGCCCAUAGCCUACAGUAUAACAUGUUAACAUUACCCACCAGUUGAGCCCAUAGCCUACAGUAUAACAUGUUAACAUUACCCACCAGUUGAAUCCAUAGCCUACAGUAUAACAUGUUAACAUUACCCACCAGUUGAGCCCAUAGCCUACAGUAUAACAUGUUAACAUUACCCACCAGUUGAGCCCAUCGCCUACAGUAUAACAUGUUAACAUUACCCACCAGUUGAAUCCAUAGCCUACAGUAUAACAUGUUAACAUUACCCACCAGUUGAGCCCAUAGCCUACAGUAUAACAUGUUAACAUUACCCACCAGUUGAAUCCAUAGCCUACAGUAUAACAUGUUAACAUUACCCACCAGUUGAAUCCAAGGCCUACAGUAUAACAUGUUAACAUUACCCACCAGUUGAAUCCAUAGCCUACAGUAUAACAUGUUAACAUUACCCACCAGUUGAGCCCAUAGCCUACAGUAUAACAUGUUAACGUUACCCACCAGUUGAGCCCAUAGCCUACAGUAUAAUAUGUUAACAUUACCCACCAGUUGAGCCCAUAGCCAACAGUAUAACAUGUUAACAUUACCCACCAGUUGAAUCCAAGGCAUCCACCACGGAGGUGACAGCCAGUGAGAAGGUCUCCUCCUCAGCUGCCCUCAACACAGGAUCGCUGGUCUCAGUCACAGAACAAUGUGGAGCCAGGUCAGACAGUCACACACACACACACACACACACACAACACACACACACACACACACACACACACACACACACACACACACACACACACACACACACACACACACACACACACACACACACACACACACACACACACACACACACACACACACACACACACACACAAUAUUAGUUAGGAAACAUCUCUGGUUAACAUAGUUGUAAUGGGAUUGGCUGAUCAAUGUCUUUUCAAUAUUUCAUUGCCAGCUUUACAAACUUUCCCAUUAUUCCUGUGAUGUUUUAGAUCAGUGGAACGGGACCUGCAGUCAGUCGACUCAAAGAGCACCAAACUUGAUGGCCCAGUGGACCAGGAGAAGGAGAAGGAUUCCACUUCAUCAAAACCAGGCCAGAAGAAAUCAGCUCUGGACCAGUCCUCCAAAGCCACAAAAGAAACCAGCAAGACAACCGUCCGUACGUGACUGGUCUGGAACAGCUGUUUGAUGCUGUUUAUUUCUAUAGAAACCCUGUCAUUAUCAGCUGACACAUACAGUAUAAAGUCAUUGGUUUCUCUCAUCUCAGCUCCUAUGAAGACUGGUUCAGUAAAGGACCAGUUGGUGGUGCCUGGGAAGAAGGCGCUCAUCAAGACGACCCAGGAGACUGCUGCUCACACUGAGCACAUCAGGAGGAAUGGAGUGGCAUCACUAGAACUCAGCUACGUCUAUCUCCUGGCAGGUGAGAUAGGAGAGACUGGGAUGCAAUAGAAUAGAAUGGCAAGGGGAUGGAAUGGAAGGAAAUAUAGUGGCGCAGCGGUCUAAGUCACUGCACCGCAGUGCUAGAGGCCAGACUACAGACCCGGGUUUAAUUCUGGGCUGUGUCGCAUCUGGCCGCAACCGGGAGACCCAUGAGGCGAUGCAAAAUUGGCCCAGCGUCGUCCGGGUUAGGGGAGGGUUUGGCCGGCCGGGAUGUCCUUGUCCCAUUGCGCUGUAGCGACUCCUAGUGGCGGGCCGGGGGCAUGCACGCUGACUCGUGUUGCCAGUUAAACGGUGUUUACUCCGACACAUUGGUGCGGCUGCCUUCCGGGUUAAGCGAGUAGUGUGUCAAGAAGUAGUGCGGCUUGGUAGGGUCGUGUUUCGGAGGACGCAUGGCUCUCGACCUUCGCCUCUCCCGAGUCCGUACGGGAGUUGCAGCGAUGGGACAAGACUGUAACUACCAAUUGGAUAUCAUGGAAUUGGGGAGAAAAAAAGGGGUAAAAAGUUACUAAAAAUAAAUAAAUACAAAAUGUAGGGAAAUGGAAUAGAAUGGGAAAUAAGUGUAAUGGGAUUGAAAUGAAGGACAGGGGAAAGGGAUUGAAUUAAUGGAAAAUAGGAUAGAAUGCAAUGGAAUGAAAGGGGUUUUAGGCUGGGUUUCUGUGUGGGGGGUUUUAGGCUGGGUUUCUGUGAGGGGGGUUUUAGGCUGGGUUUCUGUGUGGGGGGUUUUAGGCUGGGUUUCUGUGUGCGGGGUUUUAGGCUGGGUUUCUGUGAGGGGGGUUUUAGGCUGGGUUUCUGCGAGGGGGGUUUUAGGCUGGGUUUCUGCAUUGCACUUUGUGACAUCUGCUGAUGUAAAAAGGGCUUUAUAAAUAAAAUGUGAUUGAUUGAAUAGGAUAUCACUAAAGGGAAAUGGUAUAGAAUAGAAUGGAAGGAAAGGGUUAUGGUAUAGAAUAGAAUGGAAGGAAAGGGUUAUGGUAUAGAAUAGAAUGGAAGGAAAGGGUUAUGGUAUAGAAUAGAAUGGAAGGAAAGGGUUAUGUAUAGAAUAGAAUGGAGGGGUUGGUAUUGUCUGCCGGAAGGGUUCUGGUCUAGCUGGCCAGGCACGGUGUUUGGUAUGAUCGCCGGAGUACAGGUUAUGGUACUGGCCGGCACGGGUUCUGGUAUGCCUCCCAUGGCCGGCCCGGGUUCUGGUCUUGCCUCGCCUGCCGGACGGGUUUGGUUGGUCUCGAUCUCCUAGCCGGCGCCGGUUCUGGUCUCGCUCGCCUGGCCGGCCGGGUUUGGUCUGACUGACUGGCGGACCGGGUUUGGGUCAUGCCAUCAGCCUGGACCUGACCGGGUUCUGGUUUGAUCGCAUGGACGGACCCGGGUUUGGUCUCGUCUCGCCUGUGCCAGGACCAGGGUUUGGUUCGACCUGAUGGCAGGCAGGGUUCUGGUCUCGCCUCGCCUGGCCAGGCCAGGGUUUGGUCUCGAUCGCAUGGACCGACCGGGUUCUGGUUAGACUGCAUGGAGGCCCGGGUUUGGUCUGCUCCGCCUGGCCGGCCCGGGUUUGGUUAACUCCCGAGGAGGAAGGGUUCUGGUCUGCAUCAGCCUGGACGGCCCGGGUUCUGGUCAUCAGACUCCCGAUGGAGCGGGUUUAUGGUAUCGAUAGCAUGGAAGGAAAGGGUUAUGGUCUGCAUGACUGGACGGCAAGGUUCUAGGUAUAGACAUGACUGGCCGGCCAGGGUUCUGGAUAUCGACUAGACUGGCGGCCAGGGUUCUGGUUCUCGCCUCGCAUGGCCGGCAACAGGUUUGGUUCGCAUCAGAAUGCAGGCCCAGGUUAUGGUCCUUGCCUGAUGGCAGGCCCGGGUUAUGGUUCGAUACGACAUGGAAGGAACCGGGUUAUGGUAUAGAAUAAGACUGGCCAAGGAAACCGGCAAAUGGCAUGACCUGGAAUGGACGGAAUUGCACAUAAUCAGGAACAAAGGAAUGUGAUAGAAUGUCAUGGAAGGAAACGGAUGGGAUAUAUUGGCUGGGUUUCUGUUUGCACUUUGUGACAUCUCUGUGGUAAAAAGGGAUUUUAUAAAUACAUGGAUUGACUCAUGAGCCUUUCACUGCAUCCCUAUUACAAACCUCACUAGACGAUUAGUAACCUGACGUAGCCUGAAACUCGAUCCUCUACAUACUGGUCGUGACAAGAAAACAAAGAAACUGUUGAGAGGUUUUCUUGCACUGUUCAACCAAUCCAGUAAAUGUGGAGGAGGAGUUAAGAUGGAGUUUCGCCUUGUUAACGCCCAAAAGCUCUCAGGCUCUCUUAAAAUUUCCCCAGAAAAACGAACCAUCCGGUUGUUGGGAGUCGGCAGAGGCUAGCCAAUUAGAGACACCUGUAGCCCCUCCAGAAAGCCCCAGUUAUAACCAAACCCCUGAAACACAGGAUCACAACACCAAAGGACAGACACAUCACAUGUUUUACUGUUGGCAUGACAAAGUUAUUGUAGUUCUAAAACUUAGAUGAAGAACAACAUUUUUGUAUUAAAGUAUGUCAAUCUGGUCCUUUGUUUCGUGUGUACGUUAGGAGACCAGUGUCUGUCUGACUGCCUGGUGACGUGUUCCUCUGGGGUGAAUGAGGGUCUGUGUAACAUCAGUCUGGACCGACCUCUGAUCUCUGAGAAGCUGAAGGCUGAACUGAACCCUCUGGUCAUCACCAUCCUGUCAGCCUCCUCCCUGCCAUCAUCCCCUGUCCCCUUCCAUGUCUUAGAGGUGAUAUACCCUAACAUCCUGUCAGCCUCCUCCCUGCCAUCAUCCCCUGUCCCCUUCCAUGUCUUAGAGGUGAUAUACCCUAACAUCCUGUCAGCUAGCUAGCUGCCCUCCCCCAGCCUGCCCCCUUCAUUCAGCCGUCAGCUAGCUAGCUGCCCCCACCAGCCGGUCCCCCUUCCAUGUCUUAAGAGGUGAUAUACCCCUAACACAUCCUGUCAGCUAGCUAGCUGCCCUCCCAGCCUGCCCCCUUCCAUGUCUUAGAGGUGAUAUCCGGUCAGCUAGCUAGCUGCCCUCCCAGCCUGCCCCCUUCCAUGUCUUAGAGGUGAUAUCCUGUCAGCUAGCUAGCUGCCCUCCCAGGCCUGCCCCCUUCAUCUGUCAGCCAGCUAGCUGCCCUCCCAGCCUUGCCCCCUUCAUCCUGUCAGCUAGCUAGCUGCCCUCCCAGCCGGCCCCCUUCAUCCUGUCAGCUAGCUAGCUGCCCUCCCAGCCUGCCCCCUUUAUCCUGUCAGCUAGCUAGCUGCCCUCCCAGCCUGCCCCCUUCAUCCUGUCAGCUAGCUAGCUGCCCUCCCAGCCUGCCCCCUUCAUCCUGUCAGCUAGCUAGCUGCCCUCCCAGCUUGUCCCCUUCAUCCUGUCAGCCAGCUAGCUGCCCUCCCAGCCUGCCCCCUUCAUCCUGUCAGCUAGCUAGCUGCCCUCCCAGCCUGCCCCCUUCAUCCUGUCAGCUAGCUAGCUGCCCUCCCAGCCUGCCCCCUUCAUCCUGUCAGCUAGCUAGCUGCCCUCCCAGCUUUCCCCCUUCAUCCUGUCAGCUAGCUAGCUGCCCCUCCCAGCUUGCCCCCUUCAUCCUGUCAGCUAGCUAGCUGCCCUCCCAGCUUGCCCCCUUCAUCCUGUCAGCUAGCUAGCUGCCCUCCCAGCUUGCCCCCUUCAUCCUGUCAGCCAGCUAGCUGCCCCCCCAGCUUGCCCCCUUCAUCCUGUCAGCCAGCUAGCUGCCCUCCCAGCCUGCCCCCUUCAUCCUGUCAGCUAGCUAGCUGCCCUCCCAGCCUGCCCCCUUCAUCCUGUCAGCUAGCUAGCUGCCCUCCCAGCCUGCCCCCUUCAUCCUGUCAGCUAGCUAGCUGCCCUCCCAGCCUGCCCCCUUCAUCCUGUCAGCUAGCUAGCUGCCCUCCCAGCCUGCCCCCUUCAUCCUGUCAACUAGCUAGCUGCCCUCCCAGCUUGCCCCCUUCAUCCUGUCAGCUAGCUAGCUGCCCUCCCAGCUUGCCCUCUUCAUCCUGUCAGCUAGCUAGCUGCCCUCCCAGCUUGCCCCCUUCAUCCUGUCAGCUAGCUAGCUGCCCUCCCAGCCUGCCCCCUUCCAUGUCUUAGAGGUGAUAUACCCUAACAUCCUGUCAGCUAGCUAGCUGCCCUCCCAGCCUGCCCCCUUCCAUGUCUUAGAGGUGAUAUCCUGUCAGCUAGCUAGCUGCCCUCCCAGCCUGCCCCCUUCCAUGUCUUAGAGGUGAUAUCCUGUCAGCUAGCUAGCUGCCCUCCCAGCCUGCCCCCUUCAUCCUGUCAGCCAGCUAGCUGCCCUCCCAGCUUGUCCCCUUCAUCCUGUCAGCCAGCUAGCUGCACUCCCAGCCUGCCCCCUUCAUCCUGUCAGCCAGCUAGCUGCCCUCCCAGCCUGCCCCCUUCAUCCUGUCAGCUAGCUAGCUGCCCUCCCAGCCUACCCCCUUCAUCCUGUCAGCUAGCUAGCUGCCCUCCCAGCCUGACCCCUUCAUCCUGUCAGCUAGCUAGCUGCCCUCCCAGCCUGUCCCCUUCAUCCUGUCAGCUAGCUAGCUGCCCUCCCAGCCUGCCCCCUUCCAUGUCUUAGAGGUGAUAUCCUGUCAGCUAGCUAGCUGCCCUCCCAGCCUGCCCCCUUCAUCCUGUCAGCUAGCUAGCUGCCCUCCCAGCCUGCCCCCUUCAUCCUGUCAGCUAGCUAGCUGCCCUCCCAGCUUGCCCCCUUCAUCCUGUCAGCCAGCUAGCUGCCCUCCCAGCCUGCCCCCCUUCAUCCUGUCAGCUAGCUAGCUGCCCUCCCAGCCUGCCCCCUUCAUCCUGUCAGCUAGCUAGCUGCCCUCCCAGCCUGCCCCCUUCAUCCUGUCAGCUAGCUAGCUGCCCUCCCAGCCUGCCCCCUUCAUCCUGUCAGCUAGCUAGCUGCCCUCCCAGCUUGCCCCCUUCAUCCUGUCAGCUAGCUAGCUGCCCUCCCAGCUUGCCCCCUUCAUCCUGUCAGCUAGCUAGCUGCCCUCCCAGCUUGCCCCCUUCAUCCUGUCAGCUAGCUAGCUGCCCUCCCAGCCUGCCCCCUUCCAUGUCUUAGAGGUGAUAUCCUGUCAGCUAGCUAGCUGCCCUCCCAGCCUGCCCCCUUCCAUGUCUUAGAGGUGAUAUCCUGUCAGCUAGCUAGCUGCCCUCCCAGCCUGCCCCCUUCAUCCUGUCAGCCAGCUAGCUGCCCCUCCCAGCUUGCCCCCUUCAUCCUGUCAGCCAGCUAGCUGCCCUCCCAGCCUGCCCCCUUCAUCCUGUCAGCCAGCUAGCUGCCCUCCCAGCCUGCCCCCUUCAUCCUGUCAGCUAGCUAGCUGCCCUCCCAGCCUGCCCCCUUCAUCCUGUCAGCUAGCUAGCUGCCCUCCCAGCCUGCCCCCUUCAUCCUGUCAGCUAGCUAGCUGCCCUCCCAGCCUGCCCCCUUCAUCCUGUCAGCUAGCUAGCUGCCCUCCCAGCUUGCCCCCUUCAUCCUGUCAGCUAGCUAGCUGCCCUCCCAGCUUGCCCCCUUCAUCCUGUCAGCUAGCUAGCUGCCCUCCCAGCUUGCCCCCUUCAUCCUGUCAGCUAGCUAGCUGCCCUCCCAGCCUGCCCCCUUCCAUGUCUUAGAGGUGAUAUACCCUAACAUCCUGUCAGCUAACUAGCUGCCCUCCCAGCCUGCCCCCUUCCAUGUCUUAGAGGUGAUAUCCUGUCAGCUAGCUAGCUGCCCUCCCAGCCUGCCCCCUUCCAUGUCUUAGAGGUGAUAUCCUGUCAGCUAGCUAGCUGCCCUCCCAGCCUGCCCCCUUCAUCCUGUCAGCCUUCUAGCUGCCCUCCCAGCUUGCCCCCUUCAUCCUGUCAGCCAGCUAGCUGCCCUCCCAGCCUGCCCCCUUCAUCCUGUCAGCCAGCUAGCUGCCCUCCCAGCCUGCCCCCUUCAUCCUGUCAGCUAGCUAGCUGCCCUCCCAGCCUGCCCCCUUCAUCCUGUCAGCUAUCUAGCUGCCCUCCCAGCCUGCCCCCUUCAUCCUGUCAGCUAGCUAGCUGCCCUCCCAGCCUGCCCCCUUCAUCCUGUCAGCUAGCUAGCUGCCCUCCCAGCCUGCCCCCUUCCAUGUCUUAGAGGUGAUAUCCUGUCAGCUAGCUAGCUGCCCUCCCAGCCUGCCCCCUUCCAUGUCUUAGAGGUGAUAUCCUCUCAGCUAGCUAGCUGCCCUCCCAGCCUGCCCCCUUCAUCCUGUCAGCUAGCUAGCUGCCCUCCCAGCCUGCCCCCUUCCAUGUCUUAGAGGUGAUAUCCUGUCAGCUAGCUAGCUGCCCUCCCAGCCUGCCCCCUUCAUCCUGUCAGCCAGCUAGCUGCCCUCCCAGCUUGCCCCCUUCAUCCUGUCAGCCAGCUAGCUGCCCUCCCAGCCUGCCCCCUUCAUCCUGUCAGCCAGCUAGCUGCCCUCCCAGCCUGCCCCCUUCAUCCUGUCAGCUAGCUAGCUGCCCUCCCAGCCUGCCCCCUUCAUCCUGUCAGCUAUCUAGCUGCCCUCCCAGCCUGCCCCCUUCAUCCUGUCAGCUAGCUAGCUGCCCUCCCAGCCUGCCCCCUUCAUCCUGUCAGCUAGCUAGCUGCCCUCCCAGCCUGCCCCCUUCCAUGUCUUAGAGGUGAUAUCCUGUCAGCUAGCUAGCUGCCCUCCCAGCCUGCCCCCUUCCAUGUCUUAGAGGUGAUAUCCUGUCAGCUAGCUAGCUGCCCUCCCAGCCUGCCCCCUUCAUCCUGUCAGCUAGCUAGCUGCCCUCCCAGCCUGUCCCCUUCCAUGUCUUAGAGGUGAUAUACCCUAACAUCCUGUCAGCUAGCUAGCUGCCCUCCCAGCCUGCCCCCUCUCCACACACUGUAGGUACUACCACUACACUGUCUCACCUAACGUCUCAUCUCCUUUCCUCUCAUACUACAUCUUCUGUCAGGAGAAGUGUCUGCCAGUGUACUGCCAGUACCAGUUCAAUACGUCUAUGCACCGGACCAAAGGCCAGGGACACAGCACUGACGUUUACUUCAAUGACGUCAACGUCAUCAUGACAGGUGGAGCACUGUCAAACACACCCUUAAGAAAUCAUCCUUAUCACUAAAUGUAGCUAUCGCUUUAUUUAUCAUUAGCGCUAAAGCUAUGGCUAAAGCUAAUGUUCCUGCUGCAGCUAUCUCUGAAUCAGUCUUUUGCUAGAGCUUAUAUUAUUGCUAGCACUCCCUCCUCCAGGCUUGCUGAGUCCUGGGGAGCUGUUGGAGGUCCUGCGAGGUCCUCCGCUGGAGAUCGAGGUCCACGACAGAGACAGGAAGUUGGAGAAGGUGUCGACCAGCCCCGCCCUGUUCGGGACCUAUCCCAAUGAUGACAAGCUAAGCAGUGUGGUCCUGGUCUCCGGGAAACGGACCAAUCACCACCCCUUCAGAGAGAAGCGCAAACACUAUGACCCCUGUGGCCUCGCCAAGCUCAACCUCAACGACCUGCUACAAGGACAGAGGAGUCUGAAGGUGAAGCUAGCAUGGAUCAAGGAAAAACAAGACUGUUCACAACAUUCACGUUUUAUUGUCACAUGCACAAGUACAGUGAAAAUACUUUUUUUGCUUGCUCUUUCCCAACAAAGCAGUAAUCAAUAUAACAACAUUGCUCUGACUCAGAAUUUGUGCUACUCAUUAACCCUCAGUGGGAAGAUAGUGGCAGACGUUUGUCAUUUUUCUAGUACAUUCAUCCGUCUUUCUUUUCAGCACCUGAACCAGUUGGAUGUUGUUAUAUUGAGUGUUCUCUCCCGUUUCAUGACCAGGUGAACCUGCCGAUCUGCUGCUCCUCACGCCCAAAUGCUGGCGGUGA